UUUUUUGCCCAAGAAGCCUGCGAUUGAUUCCGCAGCGAGAGUUGGCUCGAACACAGAAAGAACGUGGCACUUUACCGGGCGCCAUUACUUCGCGAUGCUCUCGAACAGUGCGUAGUUCCACAUUUCCCACAAUUGGGGCAUUGAUCUUUUCGGACCACCCCGAGCUGCUCUAGCCGCUGACGGAACGGAACAGCGAGUGUCAUGGCUGGUACCCGUCUUACGCACCUCCUACUCAGCGUGUGUGCGUUUGCAGCACUUGGCGGCCUUCUUGUGACUCGCCUUGGUUACAUCAUCGUGGAUGUCAACUUUUCCCGGUUCCGUGAGAUAGCCAAGGACAAAGUCCAAGAUUCUGACGCCAUCAGUGGCGUGGCGGCCGUCAAGCCCGCUGCAAGCAAGAGAAUGACCCUGGUGUUCGUCAUAUGCGAGGGCCAUUUUGAUCUUGGCAUCAUUGCGGUCAAGUCAGCUGUAGCCUACUCCACGUCAAGGCUACACUUAAUCGUCAUCGCAGAUAAACGGAACGAGGAAAAGAUGCGAAGAGAGUACUCGUCUUGGCCAGAUAGCGUCAAGAAGCGCGUCAGCUGUGACGUAAAGCCAGUGUGGUUCCCCAAGGAAAACUACUACCAGUGGUGGGCAAUGUUCAGGCCUUGUACUACGCAGAGGCUUUUUUUACCGAGUAUGCUUCCGAACGAAGAUGCCGUCAUCUACGUUGACACAGACGUGGUAUUUCUCCACCCGGUCGAAGACUUUUGGAGAAAAUUCUACGCCAUGAAUGAGUGGCAGAUGGCCGGCAUGGCACCGGAGACAGAGGACUUCAAAAAUAACUACUACUUGACCAAGGGACUCCACCCUUUCGUGCAGCCAUUUGCGUUGAAUGCUGGGUUGCUGAUGAUGAACCUUACGCGCAUGCGUGCCUUCGGAAUCGAGCGCCGUCUGCUGGAGCUCAAGCGGGAAUUCGAGGGCCGCAUUCCGUGGGCGGACCAGGACUUGCUGAACAUCCUGUUCACUCGAUACCCACAAGGGAUAUUCACCUUCACGUGCCGCUGGAACUUCCGCGGAGAGCACUGCCAAGGCAACGCCCUGUGCACUGACGGUCCAGUGGCAGUGGUGCAUGCGUCGCGCAAGAUGAUUUUGGAAAAACUUGAGCCGGCAUUUGUCACGCUCCAUCAGGCGAUGCAGAAGUUCAAGCUUGGACAAAGUCUCGUGGAUGGCUUCAUUCUCCCUGUGAAAGAAGGCCUCCAGAAAGCACGUCCGACGGGGUGCACCAAAGAGUUAACCAAGCAGCUACCUCUACUUAUGCUGUCUGCAAGUCGUGUCGACAACAUGACUGCCGGAGCUCAUUCCAUGAUUGCACCGUAGUGCAAUCAUGGAAUGAGCUCGACGUGGUAUAUCCACGUCGCUGUUGUGACGAUUAGAAAUGUGAUAAAUUACGUUCGUUUCGAAUGUUUUGUUACCUCUGUUAAACGCAAUGACUGGAGGAGUUAUUUGUUAAAAGGACGCUUUAGCUCGGAGCCAACUUCAAUUUCCCUCUUGAAAUGCACAUGAUACGCUGCCAUACUCUAUUUACGCAGCUGCUGCAUAAAUCUGAAUGAACUGUGUUCCAUUUAGGACAAAAAUACGAAUUCUACCGAUAACAGGAUGCAGAAUGUUGAUCAAGGAUUUGUGAUCUUUACAAAAAUUGCGAAAAUUCGGUGAUCUUCAAACAUGGUGAAGCAUGAGGUUUCCGUAUCAGCAACUUUCCACUAGGAACAGCUAUCACUGUUUAGUAAACUACAUCUGUCAGAGCAUCUGAAGCGGACAAAUUUAAUGCGCCAGUUUGAAGCUGUCAAAUUGUUACAGUGUUGGUAAGGGUUUUUCACAACUCGUACUCACAAGUCAGCUGUAUCUCAUAGAUUGCUCACCCGCCGUGGUUGCUUAGAGGCUAUGGUGUUGAGCUGCUAAACACGAGAUAACACGAGAUUGCGGCAUCAAAUCCCGGCCGCGGCGGCCACAUUUCCAUGGGGGCGAAAUGCAGAAACACCCAUGUGCCGUGCUUUGCUCUCACGUUAAGGAACCCCAGGUGAUCGAUUUAAGCUAUUCCAGAGUCCCCACUGCGGCGUGCCGCAUAAUCAAAUCGUGGUUUUGGCACGUAAAACCACAGAACUUAAUUUAAAUUUAAUCACAGAUUGCUGUAUAUAACAAUUUUGUUCACUGUCGAUGUAUCAAUAGCUGCAGUUCACAGAAAUGCGAUAUCGUUUUUAUAGUUGCGUUACAGGGUUGUAAACCCAGUGAUUCAGCCUCUUUUUUCUUUUAAUUUCGUGACAUACAACAAUAAUGGUAAAACAAAUUAUCGCCUAAAUGAAACCAACUGCAAGCUCCAAAUGGUAGAGUUUGCCUUUUUUCAUUUAACCGCAACAAAACCUAAUCAGAUUCGGUGCAGUGUAUGCCGAUCAAAACAUUUUUAUUUCCUUGUAUUUAGUUCGAAGCUCAGGCACAGGCGCUUCAUAAGAUCAACGCACUUCAUAGCCAUCAGCCACGCAGGAUAGGGGUACAGAAUGCCACGGAAUGCUUUGAAGCUAAUGCCAUGUAGAAACACUGGGGACCGUGCGUCGAAUAAGUGGCACAAGCGAUUGUUCAUUGUACACCGCGACAGCAAAGCCAGCGUCUUUCGUUUUAUGUACGUGAAGUUUGUGAUACAUUGCAUUAUCGUACUAAUAAUUUAAUAAACGAAGGAUUGAACUGCACCAUUUGAUGUGUGUUCUUGAAAGCGCAAAAAGACAAGACAGCUGCUGAACAGAGGGCUUUCUUUGCAGCCAAUCAGUAUAACACAAACAGUGUACUUCAAGAUGAUGUCAUCGCGAAAUCUUGUUCACUUUUUCUAUUCAUGCCAUUACCAUGUUGUACCUGAUCUUCUGUAAGGAUGUGUUUAGAAGUGUUAUUAGUGUGCAUGAAACACACCUCGAACACUAGGUAAACUACAAAGGAGAAACUUGACACACUUUCGGGAAUUCAAAGAGGUGCUGCUUACACAAAAUAGUUGGUAUUUUUGUUACAAUAGGUAUUGAACAGUUAAAAAAUAUUUUCUGUACGAGGAAGGCUUUUUGCGUAAUCUCCGGGUAUAAGAUCCGCCAUCCGCACUUCGACUACCACAACGGACUUCUUUAUAGGAGGACAUUCUAGUUCUUUACGCAGUAAACGAACGAUGAUAAAAGGCUCGCCUCGCGCUAUAUGAAUAUAGCAAGCGCUUGCCCAGAAUAAAUAAAGUGAAUGAGGUGUCGAAAAAGAUCAUAUGUAAUUAGGAUCAAGGCACCAUCAACAACGACAAUAACACCGCCAGGUAACCGGCUUCGUCUGUCGAGUUGGUUGACUAUUGAAUAAAAACAGUUUUAUUACUUGCUGUGUUACCAAUUGUAUUUUUACAUUUGAUUUCUUACACUCCAUUGCUCAUGUUACUCUCCCUGCUCUUCAUGGUAUGGUCCUUCAACGUGUGGCAGCCUGCUGUCAUAGUGUUGGUAGUGUGUGGCCGUUAUUCCCUGUGUA